AUGGAGCCUCCACUUCACACGCCGCUGCCGCUGCUGAUGCUGAUGCUGCUGUUGCUGCUCAUGGGCUCCGCCGCGCUCCCUGCGCCCCCCAGGAUCCCAAGACAUUCAGACGGGACGUUCACCAGCGAGCUCAGCCGCCUGCAGGAUAGUGCCAGGCUGCAGCGCCUGCUGCAGGGUCUGGUGGGGAAACGCAGUGAGCAGGACACAGAAAAUUUCCCAGAGACCAGCCUGGCUCGGUCCAAGCCUUCAGAGGACCAGCUCUGCUUGCUGUGGUCGAACACUCAGGCCCUACAGGACUGGCUACUCCCCAGGCUUCCUCUGGAUGGGUCCUGGUCUCCCUGGCUGCCUCCUGGACCAAAGCCUGCUGUAGAUGUUUCAGAGUGGACUGAAGCAACCAGGCAGCCCUGAUGAGGGAGGAGGGGGAGCCUCAAGGAGCCUGGCUGGAGCUAGGGUUUGGUUGACCUUGGCAUCAAUAAAGAAGGAAUUUAGACCCUAGUCUUUCA